AUGUUACUUUGCAACUUAACAUACAUAGUCCCUCAUCUUGAAGAUGAAUACACGAAGACUAUGCAGGAAUUUGCAGCACAACUAGAGAAAUUGGCUGAGCAUCUUCUUGAUCUGUUUUGUGAAAAUCUUGGACUAGAGAAAGGAUAUCUGAAAAAGGGAUCCUAUGACUUUUUAGGAAUUAACUAUUACACCACCCAUUAUGCCACAAAUUCACCAAAGACACCUGGCGCAAUACCAAGUUACAAUAAUGAUCACGAGGUUCAAACAUCAACGGAACGUAAUGGGACGCCCAUAGGUGAACAGGCUGGUUCUCGUUGGUUGUACAUUGUUCCAGAAGGGCUUUACAAGCUCUUGGUCCAUUUGAAAGAAAGAUACAAUAAUCCCAAUAUUUACAUCACAGAGAAUGGUAAAUUCACAGCAUCUUGUUGGACCUAUGGUGUUCGUGUGAAGGCUUAUUACCUAUGGUCAAUGUUCGACAAUUUUGAAUGGGCCGAUGGGUACAGUGUUAGGUUUGGCAUUAUUCAUGUAGAUUUUGAGAAUAAUCAGCUGAAAAGGUUCCCGAAAAGCUCUGCUAUAUGGUGGACGAAUUUCUUGAAUGUGAAAAAGGUCAAGAAGCAGGUCAAGAACAAGAAGCAGGACAAGAAACUCUUCCUCUUGUUCUGA